GACGUGGGGUUAGCGUCCCCUUUUACCUAAAUUUUUAUUCAAUUCGCGGAAGAGUUUCUCAAUAUCCCUGGCAUCUAUUGUUAUGCGUUAAUCCUAAAGUGAUAGUAAAAUUAACUCAAAUACCUACGUACUGACAGAUGAAUAGAUAGACCGACUUUUGUUUGCAUUACUUAUUAACUUGAACAUUUGAUAAUUGCCGAUAUGUGAGAAUGAUUUAUUCCUAAAUAAAUUGUUACUAACUUUUUAGAUCCAAACAAAAAGGCUACGUGUAAACGUUAAUCCGAACCCAUGUACAUUAUUUAUCUAGCACGACGCUUUCUUCUUAAUAUUUCUUUAGCCCAGAAAUUCUUAACUUUCACGUACCUUAAAUCUUAAAUUAUAAAAUAUAAAAUAAUUAAAACAUUUACGAAAUAUUAUAGACUAUAAGUAAUUAUUACGUAAAAUAUAUAAAAAUUAAAAUGUGCACCGUCACAUGUGUUUACAGGAAAUGAACAUCGCAUAUUUCUAAUGCAAACAUAAGGGAACGUACACUGAAUGUAAACAUUAAAUUUAGAACACAACAGCUUCAAUUUUGUUUUGCUUCAUUAACAACAAAUACAGUGUCAACUACUACAAACACAUCGAUAACAUUUUUACACUACACUAACAACAACUUUAUUAACAUUUUCUUACAUUACAAAAACAACAACUUCAUUAACAUUUUCUCUUACACUACACUUACAAACUCUUCAUUAACAUUUUUUUCACUACAUUUACAACAACUUCAUUAACAUUUCCUCUUACACUACAUUUACGACAACUUCAUUAACAUUUUCUCUUACACUACACUUACAAACUCUUCAUUAACAUUUUUUACACUACAUUUACAACAACUUCAUUAACAUUUCCUCUUACACUACAUUUACAACAACUUCAUUAACAUUUUUUCUUACACUACACUUACAACAACUUCAUUAACAUUUUCUCUUACAUCUAUCAAACCAUCAAUAUCGAACAGCAGCAUACUGACCAUUACUCUUUAAAUAUUUGACCCAGUUUUAAAUAGGUCGCUCGGCCACAAGGUGACCAGACAGGUAAGCACAUGGACGACUUAUAUAUACUUACAGAUUAUCAUAAACUUGUUUUUUAUACUACACUGUUAAAACGUUUCAUGUGAUUAGGGGGAGGGAUCGCGUUGAUUAGAUAACAAUCCCAGUACGAUAUAAGUGUUGCCCUAGCGUACCGUUCUAAGUUUGUGUGGGGGCUCUGCUAUGAUACGACCUUUUAUCGUGUAAUUCAACGCCACCUCCAUAUAGGAUUAUCCCCCUUUUAUGUCGUGUUUCAAGAGCCGACUUAGGUAAGAAAGUCUAAAUCUUACGAGCAGUUUCCACUUGGAACCAACAAGCGACCCCAACAAUGUCCACAGACCAUUUCCCCUAUAAGAUUGAGCUGCAUGUCCAUCUGGAUGGAGCCAUCCGCACGGAGACCGUCAUUGAAACAGCCAAGCGCCGGGACAUUCACUUUCCAUGGAAAACGAUCCAGGAAUUAAAAUCGCACCUGGUUGUGACGUCACCCCCUUACACAUUGCAGGCCCUGUUAGAAAAAUUCAAAACCUUCAUGCCAGUUGUGGCAGGUGACAGAGAUGCCAUCUACAAGCUGGCCUAUGACUUUUGUGAGGACUCCAGGCUACACAACGUGUACUAUGUGGAGGCUCGGUAUUCGCCCCAGUUGUUCGCCAACAAAAUGACCAAUGGCGACAAACCACCCUUCGCUCUAACGGAGGGCGACAUCACGCCCCGGGAAGUGGUCAGCAUCAUCUGUGACGCUUUUGAGAAAGGCUCCAAAGACUUUGGGAUCAUUGUCAAGUCCAUUCUCUGUUGUGUUGAGCAUGUGCCAGAAUGGUCGAAUGAGGUAGUGGAUCUUUGUCAGGAGUUUCAGUCACGUGGUGUAGUUGCCAUUGACAUCGCUUGUGGUGACCUUGACCCGGAAGUUCCAAACAAAGAACUCCAUACACGUGCUUUUCAGCAAGCCUCCAAACUUGGAAUACACAGAACUGUACACGCGGGGGAGAGUGGGCCAGCAGAGGGCAUCAAGUUGGCCCUAGAUGAGAUGCACGCAGAGAGGAUCGGGCACGGAUAUAAAGUGGUGGACGAUCCCGAUCUAUAUGAACGCUGUAGGAAGGAGAACAUACACUUUGAAGUGUGUCCGCUAUCUAGUGUCAAAACUGGUUCCGUCCCCGAUGACCUUAACAAGCACCCCCUCCACAGGUUUAUUGACGACGAGGUCAACUUCUCCAUCAGCACGGAUGACCCCAUCGUCCUUGACAACGACCUGACCAGUGAUUAUGAAAUGGUGAUGGAAAUGGGCUUGGAUAAGGACCACGUGAUCGCUACGAUAUUCCACGCCGCUCGUUCCUGUUUCGCCUCACCGGAAGAGAAAGAACAAAUUCUGGCUGACCUUGUCAAGGUGUACGGAGACAAGUACAUGAAGAUGUGAACCCGGAAGUAGACAGUAAAACGAGAUGUGAGAGAGAAAACAAUAUCCGUGAAGACCAAUGAAAUCAAAGAGAGAACAAUAAGAUCUGGAAAAGAACGUCAUCUCAAAGAGAAGAACAAGAUAUGAGAGUGAACCACAAGAUCUGUAGAAAAUGGUAUAUAAGAAAGAACAAGAUCUACAAAGAAAGUUACAGUCAAAAUGACGAAAAAAUUGUGUUUAUUGAAAAUUUGAAUAUAAUUGUUGUGUGAUAAAUCAACUUAAAGUAAAAGGGUUAGAUGGGGAAUUCUCAGGCUGCUUCAUGAUUUUGGCUUAGAGCUCGAAGGAAAUAUAUACUAAAAAUCAUUGUUAUUAUUUUGAAUAUCUUUUCUAAGUCUGUAAUCAAAUCAUUGUUAAUA